CGUCUCCACCACUUCCCCCUCCCGCCCCCACGAAAUCUGGGAGGAGCCAGGACGCCAUUGCCAACCCUUUUCCCCCGGCCGCAAGGAAGGCACUUCCCGGCGAGCGACCGGCGGGAGGAGGAAUCGUCGCGAGAAAUUCGCAAGUUGUGGUGGAGGUGGGUGGCGAUUGGCCCCGUUGUGGAAGGGCGGACAUGUCGGGGUUCGUGGGCGUCGUGGUCUCCGACCCCUCGCUGCAGGGCCAGUUCACGCAGGUCGAGCUCCGAUCGCUCAAGGCCAAGUUUCUAUCUCUGAAGAGAGACUCCUCCGGCCAUGUGACCACUAAGAAUCUCCCGGGAAUGAUGAAGAAGCUGAGGGGACUCAAUGAGGUGAUCUCCGAGGAGGAGAUCGCAGCCCACUUGUCCCAGUCUUACCCUGACGCCGACCAGGAGAUUGAGUUCGAGUCAUUCUUACGGGAAUACCUGAAUCUGCAGUCAAGGGCGAGCACCAAAGAAGGCGGUGGCGGUGGUGGUGGCAAGACCUCGUCGUCUUUCCUCAAGUCUAGUACCACUACGUUGCUGCACAAUCUCAACCAGGCGGAGAAGUCGUCUUAUGUGGCGCAUAUCAACACCUACCUUGGCGAAGACUCAUUCCUGAAGAAGUAUUUACCAAUCGACCCUAACGGCAACCAGCUGUUCGAUCUUGUCAGGGACGGUGUUCUGCUAUGUAAAUUGAUCAAUGUAGCUGUACCUGGGACCAUUGAUGAGAGAGCAAUAAAUAAGAAAAGAGUUCUUAACCCAUGGGAGAGGAAUGAAAAUCACACGCUGUGCCUCAACUCUGCCAAGGCCAUUGGAUGUACAGUUGUAAACAUUGGUACACAAGAUUUGGUGGAGGGAAGGCCUCAUUUAAUUCUUGGAUUGAUAUCUCAAAUCAUAAAGAUUCAACUUUUGGCUGAUCUGAAUCUCAAGAAGACACCCCAGCUGGUGGAAUUAUUUGAUGACAGCAAGGAUAUAGAUGAAGUCUUGAGCUUGUCACCAGAAAAGAUGCUACUUCGAUGGAUGAACCAUCAUCUGAAAAAAGCUGGUUACAAGAAAACCGUCAGCAAUUUCUCUACAGAUGUGAAGGAUGGUGAAGCAUAUGCUUACCUUCUAAAAGCUCUUGCUCCAGAGCAUUCCCCUGAAACCACAUUAGAGACAAAAGAUCCUAGCGAGAGGGCUAAAUUGGUACUUGAACAAGCAGAGAAGUUGGAUUGCAAAAGAUACUUGACUCCUAAGGAUAUCACUGAAGGUUCUGCCAAUUUGAAUCUUGCAUUUGUGGCACAAAUAUUCCAGCAUCGGAAUGGUCUAACUACUGACACCAAACAAGUUACUCUCACACAGACAGCAUCACGUGAUGAUGUUCUAUUAUCGAGAGAAGAAAGGGCCUUUCGGAUGUGGAUAAACAGUCUUGGGGUUGACUCUUACGUGAACAAUGUUUUUGAAGAUAUUCGCAAUGGAUGGGUACUUCUUGAAGUACUAGACAAAGUUUCUCCAGGAUCUGUCAUCUGGAAGCUGGCAUCGAAACCUCCAAUUAAACUACCAUUCAGGAAACUGGAGAAUUGUAAUCAAGUGAUAAAAAUCGGAAAGGAGUUAAAGUUUUCGCUAGUAAAUUUAGCUGGGAAUGAUAUUGUUCAGGGAAACAAGAAAUUGAUUGUUGCCCUUCUAUGGCAAUUGAUGAGAUUUAAUAUGCUUCAGUUGUUGAAUAGACUAAGAUCUCACUCCCAAGGAUCCCAAGGAAAAGAAAUUACUGAUGCUGAUAUACUAAAGUGGGCAAACAGCAAAGUGAAAACAUCAGGAAGAACAUCUCAAAUGGAAAGCUUCAAGGACAAGAGCUUAUCAAAUGGGCUGUUCUUCCUUGAACUUCUUAGUGCAGUACAACCAAGGGUUGUCAACUGGAAAGUUGUUACAAAGGGGGAAGAUGAUGAGGAAAAGAAGCUAAAUGCUACUUACAUUAUUAGUGUUGCAAGGAAAAUCGGUUGUUCUGUGUUUCUUCUCCCAGAGGACAUCAUAGAGGUAAAUCAGAAGAUGAUCCUAACGCUUACAGCUAGCAUAAUGUAUUGGAGCCUACAGAAACAACCGCAGUCACAAUCUGAAGUGUCAGAACAAUCUGAGCCAUCUAGUAUGGCUUCGGAUGCAGCUUCUGAUAUUGCUUCGGAGGACGCUGCUUCAACAACAGCUGCAUCUGAGGGAGAAGAGGUGAAUUCGCUGUCUGAUAGUAUGUCCAAUUUGACUACAGAUGAUGCUACUUCAAAUGCCCCGCCAGCAGAAAAUGGAAAUGGUGUGGCAGGAUGAGCAUUGCAUUGGCUGUUCAUCGUCCUAAUACCAGUUUUAUUCUGGAGCUAGUGCCUUCAUGGCGUUCAACGGUUGCUGCCAGAAGUAAAAUUUUUCCUGCUUCUGUUCCAUGCCUACUUUUAAGUAGCCUGAUAGAUACAGAUACAGAUAGAUAGAGUUGCCGUUUGUUCAUUAAAUUUUGCUCAAUACAUACGACAGGGAAAAACUAUACAUAGGUCACUGGUUGGGCAUUUCUUGUAUUCUCUAGUAUACUUUGAUUUCAAUGUAUUCACUUUGUUUCCCGGACCUGUCAACAUGUACUGGCUGGGCAUUAUCUUUUGUAAUGUGUUGCUGCUCUGGACCAUGCAUGAGCUGUAUAUAACAUAUUGAGAGUUCUGGUUUCCC